AUGGAAUCAAGGAAAGAGAUGCUGCUGUUGAUGGAGCGAGGUCAGCACGGUAAUCUUGUUAGCAGGAGGGUGUCGAAUUUGUCAGAGCCAGCUGGGAGCCCAGUCAUCGAGUCCCGUGAAAACGUGAUCCCGAGGAAUUGCUUGAGCCCUGGGUCUGCGCCUGUGACACUGGAGAGUGGGGACGAGGAGACCGACGGUAGCACUCGGAUGAGACCCGCUUCAAGGCUCCUUGCCCCGGAUAAGUCAUCAUCUGAUGGCUGCUCGGCGAAGAGCAAAUGUCUCUCUGUCCAAAACAGUCCGGAAACGGAGUCAGAUUAUUAUGAUGAGAUAGAUGUCAGUUGCACUCCAAAUUGUGUGUCGGGAAAUCAAGAUUACCACGGAAACAAAGGUUCAGGGCAACCCUCCGAUCCGAUCGGCACGAACGGCGGGGCAGAGAUUCCCAAAGUGGCCGGCUCUCAGAGCCUGAUAGGCGGCGGUGGAGCUGACCAGAUGCGCCGAUACCGAACCGCUUUCACCCGAGAGCAGAUCGCCAGGCUGGAAAAGGAAUUCUACCGGGAAAACUAUGUUUCCAGGCCCAGGAGAUGCGAGUUAGCAGCGGCGUUAAAUUUACCAGAAACCACUAUCAAGGUAUGGUUCCAAAAUCGCAGAAUGAAGGACAAGAGGCAGCGUCUGGCCAUGACCUGGCCUCACCCAGCCGAUCCUACUUUCUAUACAUACAUGAUGAGUCACGCUGCAGCCACUGGCAACCUGCCCUAUCCCUUCCCAUCCCAUGUACCUCUUCACUACUAUCCUCACAUGGGCAUGUCUGCAGCGUCUGCAUCGGCGAGCAGCCCUUUCAGCACCCCUUUGAGACCCCUGGACACCUUCAGAGUUCUUUCUCACCCUUACCCGCGUCCCGAAUUGCUGUGUGCAUUUAGGCACCCGUCCCUCUACCCUUCGACCACUAACCAUGGGAUUGGCAGCACCGGCAGCAGCCCUUGCUCAUGCCUAACGUGCCACAGCAGUCAGUCGAAUGGGGUGGUCCAAAGAGCUGCAGGGACAGACUUCACGUGUGCGUCAACCACCAGAACUGACACAUUCCUCACCUUCACACCUUCCGUGUUGAGCAAGGCUGCUGCGGUGUCCCUGGACCAGAGGGAAGAAGUCCCUUUAACGAGAUAAGGCAACAUCCUUCAGCAUGCUUUAAAAAAAUACACCUUCCAAAUGUGCACACAUCUCUUUCUCUGGAGAGAAGGGUUUGGACACUAGUGGAAAUGUCGGCUCGCUGGAUGUCUAGACCUUGUUUCAAAAUCUCCAUUACAUAUCUGCAGGACUCCAUCUCACACUUCUAACCCAUACAGUGGAUUGUAAGACUUCUUUCCUUCGUUAUCUGCCAAAUAUGUCCUAUGCUGAUGAGAGUAUUCUAGUCGUGUGCGUGCAUUGUUGAGGUUUUAAUAGUAAUUGUAUGAUAAUAUCCUCAUCAUAGAAAUUUGGUGUUCAAACGUUAACAAGCCACAAUGGGAUGGGAUUAUGUGAUGGGGAACCGAACAACUCCACCUCAAUAUCAUGUUUGGAGACUGAAAAAUAGGCGUUUUUAUUUGCUAUAGUAGCUGGCGUUUAAAAAUUCGUUGAUUGGUUUGCGUCGGUGAAAGUCGCCAAAUCUCCCGAGGACAGGGGGGUCUGUACAGUUCUGGAAACACAAGGCGACAUUGAAGUAAUUGUGUGGAGAGUUUCAUUGGGCGAAUAGGUAUCAUGUAAAGUAAACCGAUUAAUGCAUUUGUUCACAUGCGGUUGUCUUCAAGUUUUCAAAGCUGAAACUUGCGAAGGCUGAUACGCUCUGGAAUUUGAAAAUAAAGAAUUGC